UCUAGGGCGCCGUUUCACUCCUUCAAGCUUCGCCUUCAAAUCUCACCAUUUUCUUCUCAUCGCAGCCUCCGCCGGCGCCGGCUGACGCUUUGGACUGCCGACCCGACGCACCUCUCUAUUUAGUAUUUAUAAUCUGUUGUACAGCACAUUCAUUUGCAAUUCAAGAAUCGAUCUUGCUUUCUAUGCUGUUCAAUCGCCUCUGAAGGCUUGGCUGCUGGAAGGGCACAGUAACUGCAUCUCAAUUGGGGUCUAAACUUGACCUGCAGCUGAUCCGCCCAUGCCAAGCUAGUCCAGUCUAAAGGGAGCAGAAAUGUGUUGAUCAUGCUAACUCACUACCUGUUUUCAACCUGCCCAUCCAGGCCAGCCCUGCCUGUUCAAGCCUAUUUUUAUUGCACAAAAUGAAGUCUGCUAAAUCAGCAGUUACAGAAUGACUUGUUUCUUCUCAGGACCGGGAUCAACUAUCAAAGGCUUCCAGCUGUGUUGUUGCUGUUACUUCUGCUGCUGUUAUGUAUUCCAACUCCCUUCAAACUCUGAAUGUUUACUGGGGAGGCCACUGCCUGUCUUCUAGGAGCCUUAACAAAAGCCUUAAAAAGAACGCACCAAAUUUUGUUUCUGCUUGUAAACGAGAAUUGCAUCAGGAUCUUUCCGGUGCAUCUUCUGAGGUUGAUAAUCUGCUAGACACCGUGAAAUGGGAUGACAAAGGUUUGGCAGUUGCAAUAGCUCAAAAUAUUGACUCAGGAGCCAUCUUAAUGCAAGGGUUCGCAAAUAGAGAUGCACUGGAAAAAACCAUUUCCUCUCGUAAAGCAACAUUUUACAGCAGGUCACGGUCAACAUUAUGGACAAAGGGGGAGACCUCCAAGAAUUUCAUUAAUGUUCAUGACAUUUUUCUUGAUUGUGACCGGGACUCUAUAAUAUAUCUUGGGAUGCCUGAUGGCCCUACUUGCCACACGGGAGCAGAAACUUGUUAUUACACCUCAGCUUUUGAUUUCCAGAAGAAUUCGGAGGCCAAGGAAAGCAGGUUGGCUUUGACAACUCUGUUCUCAUUGGAAUCUGUGAUUUCCAAGCGGAAAGCAGAGCUUUCAGGACGAGAAAAUGAGAAACCGUCGUGGACAGAACGGUUGUUGACUGACGACAAGUUAUUGUGCUCGAAAAUUCGGGAAGAGGCAGACGAGUUAUGCCGAACACUGGAGGAGGAGGAGGAGUCGUCACGGACAGCCUCAGAAAUGGCGGACGUGCUUUAUCAUGCCAUGGUUCUGCUGUCUCGCAGGGGUGUUAAAGCAGAGGAGGUCUUGCAAGUGCUUAGAAAUCGAUUUUCACAAUCAGGCAUUGAGGAGAAGAGAAGUCGGUAACCACCACAACAAUAAGCAUUGAGCAAAUAGUUGUCACAAAUUUGUCUCAUUUUUGUAAGCAUAUGAUAUAUAUUCGUAAUUUACAAAACUAUUAAUCGUCUGAUUAGACAUCUUAUUUGUGGCACAAACCCGUAAUAGUGAUUCCAUGGGGUUUUGUUCAUCAAAAAAUGUAGGCACAAGGCAGAAACGUACCCCUCGUGAUGUAGGACAACAAUAAUUCU